AUGCAAUACUGCCUGGGGAAGGUGAAACGAAUGGAGAACGGCACGGAGAAGGACACGGUGGAGGCUGACUGCAAUGCGCCGGCAGCUUCAUCUACAUCCUGGACAAACCUCAGAUUAACUGCGUCAAAUAUGCAGUUUGAGGCCGAAUGGGAUACUUCGUUCCAGCCAUCACGGAUGCCGACACCGCCGUACUACGUUAAUAUGUACAGUAUAGGGGUGAUUGGAGCUUCGGCGGACUGGAGAAUGGAGAGAGGCGGUAGAACCAUUCGCCAGGGAACCAUGAUGUGCAAGUCCACUGAUCGUGAUUCACCGAACACGUCUAUGCAAGACUGUACUAAAAACGUGAUGAUUCCGGAAGAACCACAGCAUGGAGACAGCGUGCACUUUACAGCAAAGGCGUCUAACGGCGGGUACGUCAAAAUAAACAGCUACGAUCACAUUUCGUACACGAGGAUCAAUACGCGCUACUACUCAGGCCGGGAGGUGUCUCACAGCGCUCAUUUCGCGUUUGACUUCCACGACCCCUACCACUGUUCUGCCAGAGGACCCUGUACUGGUGAGAUGCUGGAGAGAGGUCCAGCGUUUACCAAAAAUGGCGCCAUCACCCUCCGCUGGUCGGGCUGGAGAGAUGACGACUCGGGUAUCGGUGAGUACGAGUACGAGGUGUUCAAACUCCGGCCGUUCGGAGAUGUGCUAGGGAUGAGAGGACUCGCUCCUGUGGCCGGACAGACAGGCACGGUUGGAGCAGGGGCAACACAGGCCAACAUUCAGCUGACAGAACCAGGGGUGUACAGCAUAGUGCUGACUGUAGAGGACGGCUGCGGACCGAAUGACGGGAACUUCGUCAUCGCACGCAGAUUCCUCAUCUAUGACGACAACAGCACAGUCGAGGCUGACACAUCCGGGCACCAUCCCAUGUGGGCGGAGUCAACUUCUGACGAAACUGGAGGGGUGUGGCAGACCAACCUGCAAGAUACCAUGGGAAACGGACCACAGGUGACUGUGUCGUGGUCGGACCACUUCUGCAACCAACUACACAAACACAACAAGUUUCUGAACGCCAUAGAAGAACACACGCCGCCUAUUCUGCCUGGCUACGAAGAACUGACAGGCCAGCCCCCGGCUACUCGGUCCCGUGAGGCCAUCCCGAACGCGAACACCGUGACGAUGUUCCAGACUGACUGGGCAGUGGACCAUCAGGGAGGGAGGAGCAUCGGCAGUCCGCCCGAAAACUGGCAGAACGUCACGGAUAUGACGCUGCAAAGACAAAGUCAUGACAUCCCCCGUCAGGACGGAGAUACCGUCCGUUUCUGGGUUCGUGCGUUCGACGUGGUAGGCAACCAUGCUGACGACUACGUCACCAUCCACGUGGACUCGUCUCCUCCAAUCAUAGAGGACAUCUUUCUGUCACGAGGGGGAGUAGAUACUUUGGCAGUACAUCACUCAGAAGAUCUUUUUGAGAUGACAGUUGUGUUCACUGCCUACGAUGACCACAGCGGCCUCCACAACAUCCACUGGGAGUUACACGACAUGGCAGAUCCCACUGUUGUCCAUGGGGAGGGGCAGGUCGCCGUCAGAAGGCCUUCCACUCUGCACCCUGAAUGCCCUCCUCCAUUCUGCACCUGCAUUCCCAAAGACGAGGAGUGUUACUUCCGUAACCACGAGUUCACUCCGGAUGAGAACAAGAUGAACAUCUCCACAGGUACCCAUGACCACGACUAUUACAUCAUCAUCACGGCCACAAACAACGCCAUGCUGCAGGCACAGAAAAGGUUUCAGAUAACCGUUGACACCAGCCCACCGCUGCCUGGGCACGUCCAUGACAGUUUGCCGGAGGAAAUGGACCUGGACUUCCAGCAGGAAAACAUCAUUCAGGCAUCAUGGGAAGGUUUCUUUGACAGGGAAAGCGGCGUCAUGUUCUACAUGUAUGGCUUUGCCGAGGACUGUCUGACCCUGGAAAAUAUAACUGAGUUAUGGAAUAACGUUACCGUUCAGGUAGCGAACACCACGUCAACCCACGCCCAAUGGGAAGCACCACACCCAGGUCUGUACUACUGCACGGUUAUCGCCUUCAACCGUGCGCUGGAGCCAUCAGAACCUGUCUGCUCCGACGGUGUGACCGUAGACGUGACACCGCCCGUCAUAACAGACCUGGUGGUGGACAAUCUGCACUACAUACCGGGAGUCAUCAGAGGCACGGACGGUGACGUCUGGAUGAUUGACAGCAGCGGAUUCAGGCAACCAAUUGUCGAACCGUCUCCAGUAUGCAGCAAUGUUUCUCAGCAAAUGGAUGACGUCAGCCUGUGGUCUGCUCUUGAGCUACCGUUGAACGGAACAGAACAUCCGGGGUAUACAGACAGCGACUGUCUUUCAAUCGGCCCCUUUUCCGGCAAUGCUUACUUAUCAAGGGAGAACAUGUUGUCACUACGAUGGAACGGUGAGGACCCUGACAGUGAAGUGUACGACUACGAGGUUGGGCUCAGCAGCACGCCGUCUCCUGAUCUCCCCGACAUCAUGCCGUUCACAUCCACUAACGCUCACUCCCACUUCAUGACGUACCAUCCCAACCUGGAUGAAGGGAAGCAGUUCUACCUAGUCCUGAAGGCUUUCAACAGGGCACAGAUGUCUGUUACUAAGACCUUGGGGCCUGUCAUUGUUGACGUGACUCCACCAGAAUUCUCUGGCCCGAUCAAUGUAACGCUGGAAGAAAACAACGAGACUCAGUCUUUGGUUGCCAGGUGGGAUUCUAGACCGACGUCGGUCCACGACAUCGACGAUACAAGGAGAAUGUACAAAUUUGAGUACUCUGUUGGCCAUCACCCUGGUACAACUGAAGUACUGGAUUUCGCGCCAUUGCUAGCUGAUGACAGGUUUUGUAACGUUACGUCUCCACCGACGUGUGUGUCCAUCCCGCUAUCAUCCCUGGACUGGCAUCUUCACGGCCAGCACACGUACUACGUGUCCGUCCGGGUGGAGAACGCUGCAGGCCUCAGCACGGUGGUGACGUCACAGCCGUACGUGCACGUUGUGGGCGUCCCGUCACGGGGAGUCGUGAUGGAACUUGAUCCAGAAGCAGGAGAACCUUCUGUCUUCGGGAAUCCUGCUGACAUAGAUAUCCAGUGCAGAACUGACACCAUCAGCUGCGCAUGGCUGGGGUUCGCACAUCCACAUCAGGACGUCACCUACCAGGUGGGCAUCGGAACGCAGCCUGGAACGGCAGACGUCGCCUCAUUCACGGACGUCGAACAGAACACUAGCUUCACAGCCCACAACCUGAAUCUGGACACUUUUCAGACCUAUUACGUCACCGUCGUGGCUGGUACGGAAUCCGGAAACAUCUCAGUGACGUCAGACGGAGUUCUGGUCCUAAAGGAUGAUGACGUCAUCAAUGGGACGGAAGUCUUCGAUGGUCUUGGCUGCAACAUGGAUACUAACAGGACUUUCCUCCAUCACACUGAUGUCAGCCAUGUUGGAUGCUCAGAAGACAAAGACUUCCAGAUUUCUACAACAGCCGUUGAGGCCCAUUGGACCAUUCCCGACACCGUGAAGCCAUUCUUGCGCCGGGUUGAGUGGGCUGUGGAGAGGGAAGUGACACUGGGCGGAGUGCCCUCAUGGACACGAAUCACAGACUUCAGGAACAUGCAGAUGUCCAGUCAUGGCGGGUGGACAGGACUGUUCCUCCUAAACACGAAUCGGUACCGGUCUGUGGUCAAGUUGUGCCACCUAUCCGGAUGUUUCCAGCCCGUACAUAGUGAUGGAUUCACGGUACUCCACAACCCUCCGACUCCGGGACAUAUCAGCUCCGUCGGGUACGACAGGGCGUCAAAGGUGUUAGAGUUCACAUGGCAGCAGUUUGGCCAUGAGGACACAGCCCCACUAGUGGAUUCAUUGAUCAACUACGAGUGGAACUUGGCAACGGAGAUGUCCUCAAGGGGUUCGGCUUAUGGUGGCAUAAUUCUACCCUGGCAAACUAUCCAAACGAAAAUGGUGAUCGCAGGCCAUCUCACUCAUGAGGUAACAUUGGAUGACGACUUAGACUUCACCCAUUGCCUCCGACUGCUCAUCCGAGGGUACAACAGGGUGGGUCUGUACUCUACCGCCGCUCGGGACGUGCUGGACUGUGAUUCGCCCGACCCGAGCCUCAUCACUCCACCCACGGUCAUCGACGCUGUAGGGACUUUGGAAUCAACACACAUAAGUGAUGUUCACCUCCCACAAAAUGAUAAAUGGCCGGUCCCCGACCAGGAGUUCACGCCCGCCCGUGACAAACUGUUCGCGGUCUGGCCGACACUGCGGCACGGACACUACCGGUGGAAGGUGGUCUCUGACGACGCCAUUCAAAACUGGGCCUAUGUCGCUCCCCGUCACGGCCUGAAGUACCCAGAUUACGACUGCAGUGCCCCACAGGUUUUGGCUUGUGGAGAAACUGAGGAAAACUUUGUGAACGUCCCAGACAUAGAGCUGUUACACGGAAGGAGGUACCACAUCUGUGUCCACGCGAACGCGACAGUUCUGCAGUUCGAGUUGUUCGACCAGUCCCUGGAGGAGGUAGACUCCUGUUCUAACGGUAUCACCGUGGAUCUCACCCCUCCACUGCCGGGGCACGUGUGGGUCAACGAUAAGAACACACAAUUCCAGACGUCAACCUCAGAGAUGAUAAUCUACUGGGACGCGUUUGUUGACGUUGAGGAGCACGGCAGAUCGUCGCAUCAUAGCGGGAUUCACAAGUAUGAAGUUGCCAUUGCGACUGACUAUGUUGGCCUGACCGUGACGAGCGUGUCCCGGGGAGUGACAGUGGACGUCUCGGCACCUGUUGUGACUGAUGCUGAGAUAGAUGUAGGAGGCCGGUACCUUCUCUCUACGUCAUCUGUGUCUGCCAGCUGGGAUAGAGUCUUCAUGGAUCCUGAGAGCGGCAUGUCGUACUAUGAGUGGUGCGUGGGAUCCCAGCCCGGCCACUGUGACAUGAUGGCGCUCACCAGGACAGAGUUAGAGGAGGCCAUGUCAGACUCCGCACUGGACCUACAUCUGCAGGAGGGACAUGCGUACUACAUAUCUGUAAUGGGUUACAAUGGACCUGGCCUGUCGUCCUCUGCCACCUCCUGGGCAACGGUGGUGGAGACGUCUCCUCCCGCGGCAGGGUUUGUGUACGACGGUGGGUCUGGUGGGGACAGGCAUGAUGAGGACUUCCAGCAGCAGAUAAAGACCAACGAUCAACUAAUGAUUACACCACAGACGGACAUAGAAACCCUAUAUGCCUGGUGGGAAGGUUUCCACGACCCCCACACGGCUCUAAUUGGUUUCACUUGGAGCAUCGGCACAUGUCCCGGAUGUGAUGACGUCAUGGAGACUGAAGAUAUCGGUUUACUUCAAGAAGCAUCUGCGGAUCACUUGAGUCUUGUUCCUGGAAAAAGAUACUACGUCACAGUGGUGGCCUGUAACGCAGCCGACCUGUGCUCUUCUGCAACAUCCGAUGGUGUCAUCAUCGACAACUCACCUCCAGUGGUGGGGACGGUGUCUGAUGGAGUGGACGACAUGGACUUGUCUUUCCAAGCAUCGAGGACAUUCCUGGGAGCUCAUUGGUUCGGUUUCCACGAUCCUCACUCUGGUUUGUCUCACUACGAGUGGCGUGCAGGCACGACUCCUGGCGGAGAUGACGUGCACUCCACCUCAAGACUACAUCUCACGGAGAUGGCGUAUAUCUCCAGUGUUGACCCACCGCUGCCAAUUGGUCAGGCAGUCUACGUCACGGUUAGGGCUUACAACAAAGUAGGGCUGUUCGUGGAAAGAUCGUCCAAUGGAGUCACAGUUGACGACACACCUCCUGUUUUUGUCGGCAGACCUUCGUUUGACUUACAGCACGGGUCAAUCAUAGCAGAAAGCCAGGUGUGGAGAACAACUCUGUCCGUUACCUGGGAGGUCAGUGACCCCGACAGUCCCCUGGAGCGGCAGCACCUGUCAGUCUUCACUCAUCACCAGACAGACGUGGACAUCGAGCCGGUACAGAUUGUCGGCUCGAUGCGGGACUACAAGUUCACCAUCCUGACCCUGCAUGACGGGAACACGUACUCUGUACGGGUGGUCACGUGUAACAUGGCGCGGCUGUGCACGUCUGCGGAGACGGAGGGACUUCUGAUCGACUCGACUCCCCCGACCGUGGGCACGUUUGCUGUCCACACGGAGCACGCGGCGCAGCUGUCCCGUCACCAGGACAGCUGGAUGGGGUACCAGCAGCAGAACGGAACAGCCCCUCCUCACGUCAGGCUGGCCUGGCUCGGCUUCUCCGACAUCCACACCGGCAUCCAGACUUAUCACGUCACCGUCGGGUCAGAGUUCAGCGGCAGGGACCUAUCGAAUGGCGAGGUGGUUAUUUCCCAUCAGAACGGUACAGCUCACGAGGACGAAGGUAUCAUACAGACAGCUCCUGUCAACAUCAGCAGGGACCUGACUCCGGGGGAACAUGUCUACAUCUCACUGUGGGCUGUCAACAAGGUUGGACUGGAAAGUCUUGAAGCACACGAUGCAUUUGAAGUGGUACCGUCCAGCCCUCACAGCGGCGUCCUGUCAUUGGUCAGGAGAUGUGACGCGGAGUCGUGUGAAGGAGACUGCACAUGCGCACCACAGAAUCAAAAGUGUGCAGCACCAGAAACUGGAUGCAAUACUGUUACAGACCCCACCACGUACCAGCAGGUCCUUGUGUAUGACGUAACAGACCUGCGCAGUCAGGAGCCUGCAGAUGCUGACGUCACGCCUUCCCAGUGUGCACUAGCGGCUCGCUGGGAAAUCCUUCCCGGAGGAAAACAGAUAAAAAGGUUUGAGUGGAGCGCCGGUCAGUCCGGUGAAGACCCCGGAAGUCUGCUGUUCGACACUGUGAAUGACAGGAUCUGGUUUGAUGUGGGACUCAGGAACAGAGCUGUGCUGAGUAUGCCUCGGGAUGGACUUCUUCUCAGGCCGGAAGUUAAGUACGUGUUUCACGUGCGGGCCUGGUACGGCAGCCACGAGUACCUGGACUUUCAGUCGGACGGGAUCCUAACAGACUUCACUCCACCCGCUGUGUCAAAGUCAAGAAAGGUGAAUGACCUUGCGGACGUUGACCAGGUAGUUGACGUUGACUUCAGUAACAGCACCUCCCAGCUGGGUGUGGGGUGGAGGAACGUCUUUAUGGACCAGGAAGUGGGCGUGGCGUAUUUCCUGGUGUCCCUCAGCACGUUUCCCGGAGGAGAAGACAUCGUUCCGUUCAGCCGCUUUAAUCUAUCUUCUACCACGAAUGAAGUCCUUCUAGACGGCCUCACACUUGAACCCAAUGUGAAGUACUACAGUAACGUCAAGGCCUUCAACCGUGCAGGGAUGCACACAACUGUCAGCUCCGAUGGCUUCUUAGUUGAUAUAGAUAGCCCCACAGCAGGAGUUGUUCAGGACGGAUUGGGUGUCCAUGACGCGGACUACCAGAAUAGCAGCUGCCGUGUAGCGGCCACCUGGCGAGGCUUCUCUGACCUGCAGUCCUUCAUACAUCAUUACACCUGCUGCUUCGGCACCGCACCUGGACGUGAUGACGUCUCUACCUGUGCAGACGUUGGGCUGAGAUUGUCUGAAGCCAGAGAUAUUUCAUGUACUCUUCACAAUGGUACCAGGUACUACGCGACCGUGUACGCUGUGGAUGCGUCUGGUCUGUGGUCUGCUCCAGCCUUCUCUGAUGGAGUCACUGUGGACACCACAGCCCCGGUACCUAUGGAGAAAUACAGCUUCGGACAGAACCUGCUGUCUAACCCUUCGUUUGAAGAUGUACAGACUACCGGAAACAUUGAACUCCCGGCAUCAUGGUUUACAUCAGGAAUCGCCAACGUCUCUUCCCCGAGUCAAGCCAUCAGCCAAGAUGGCCGCAGUUACCUCCUUCUCCUGGGGUCCGUCUCCCAGGCUGUCAGCACGACUCCAGGAGACAAAUAUCGUCUCACCUUCCACGCCUCACCCGUCUUCCCUUCUCACACUCCGGUCCUUUCUCAAGAGGGGUAUGUGCAAGGUCCCGGCAUGCACCGCGUCUUCAAACUGUACCAGCGCCCGUCUCACCUGGAGGGCACACAGCUGCAGCUGGACACGAACAUCACCUGGCACCGCCACGUGUUCUACUUCACAGCUGUGCACACUGUGUCAAACGUCACUAUCGGUUCGGCAGGUGUCUGGAACGGUAUUGCACUGGACAACGUCAAUGUUGAGAGAUUGCAGCUCGGUUCUGCUGAUCCCAACGCCACCGCCACCCAGCCCAGUCCUGUCCGCCUGCACACCAGGUUCGUACACAGCUGGGCAUCCGUGCACGCCGCCUGGGACUUUGUGGACCCUGAAAGUCUCAUCAUAGACUACAGCUGGGCUAUCGGCACUGCAAGAGGAGGAACACAGCUACAGGCGUACAGAUCCGUCGGUAGAAACACGCAUGCCCAGAACAGUGACAUCCGCCUGGACCAUGGAGCCUUUCUCCACGUGACCGUGGUGGCAGAGAACGCGGCAGAGCUGCGGUCAGUCGUGUACUCGGACCCGGUCCUGGUGGACCUCACACCGCCAGUUAUCACUGAUGUUAAGGACGGAAGUCAUUUGGAGGACUUGGACUACCAGAACACGUCCGUUAUUUCCCUGUACUGGGAUGUGCGGGAUGACGAGAGCGGGUUGGACUUUUGUGACUGGACAAUCGGCCUCUCCCCUGGCUCCGGAGAACUCCAGCCUUUUGUCCGCCUGCCGUCUGCCCAGCCCGCCGUUUGUGACCUGAGUGGUAACCUGACCCACGGACAGACGGUCUACCCAACGGUCCGCUGUACCAACCAUGCCGGGGUGUCUUCUCACGUCACGUCAGACGGCGUCACUGUUGCACUACAGCCACCAGAAAGCGAACACGCUAUAGUUCAAACGGUGGUGAGUUCUUCAUCUUACUACCCGAUCCGGGGUCAACACCAGGCCGCUACUGAUGCCGUCCACGUGACCUGGUCUGGGUUCUUCGAUGAGUCUGGUAUUCACCACUAUCAGGUCCGGAUGUUAAGCCAUGAUGCGCCUGAGUUCCCCUGGACAGAUGUGGGUUUGCACGGUGAGACACACGUCACCUUGUCAGGACUCCAUCUCCGCUCCUAUAGCACGUACCAGGUACAGGUCAGGGCUGUCAAUCAUGUGGGUGUGGUCAGUGACGUAGUGUUCUCAGAAGUCGUCAUUGAGACAGAGGAGCCACAAGUAGUUGAUUCCGUAGACUCCACCCUCCGGAGCUGGUGGCCUCGGCCGUCGGUGCUGCAGUUGGACUGGACCGACGUGUUCGUCAGUAACUCCUCCCUGGUGUACGAGGUGUCUGUCGGGACCCGGCCGGGCGGAUGUGACGUACUGAAGUGGGUGGAGACAGAACAGACCCAGAUGAGCAUGGACAAUGUUGAUAACAACAAGGAACACUUUGUUGUCAUCACUGCCAUCAACCAAGCUGGACUGUACUCGGGACAAAACUUUGUUCUGUCCUAUCCAGCAAACGGAUAACUAAACACUGUUUGCCAGGUUGUCAUCAUGCAAUUAGGUUAGAUUAAAGGUCCAUAUGGAAUAUAGACUUGGUUUCAUGGUUGCUUUGGUUGGCUAUUUUAGUCAUAAAUGCUGUAACUUCAUCACUCCAUAGUCUUCUGCACGUUAUGAUAUCAUCCCAGACUCGAUGUUACAAAUUUGUUCUUGCGCCAUUGACAUUGUUUUUUUUCUGUUAGAUGUUUUUUUUUGGUCAAUUUUAAUUCUUUACUGACAUAAGACAAAUUGAGAUACAAAAAUUUGUGUCCCUCCGGGGAGAGGCAAUUUACACGACUUUCCUGGAAGUAAAUAUAAAUUUAGUUACCUGAAAUCGGUUGAUGAGGUGAUGGAAGGAUAGAGAUUGACUUCACCCUUCAGUUCGAUUGAUAAGUCAAUCGAAAGGAUUUGCCGUGUACUUACAUAUCUCUGCCUUUGUAUCUUUAGUAGAUCGUAGAGAGUAAAGUAAAUCAUUGGAUGCCUUAUUUUUGUAUUGUAGUGUUUUUGUGUGUUGAUUACCAUACUCACACUAAGACACGGACCGGCAGUCUCUUCAAGCGUGUAAGCGAGGGGAUGGCAUUUGCACGUGUAACUGCAUAUAGUAUUUUGUAUCAAAUGAUCAAUUUUGACUGCCGAAAAACGUAUCAUUUACAUCUAGACCAGAAGGUGUUUCUUUUAUUGCUUCAUACAUUAUCCAUUUCGGUAUAACAGCAAUGGUUCUUCGCCAUAUCUAAACACAAAAGACGUAUGUCACAGGUAAGAAUGUAUACUUUACCAACCAAUAAGGUUGCCAUUCGUGAAAAUGAGGCCCUGCUUUUCAUCCAUGCACUGUACUCUGUAAAAUGUCAUAUUUACAUACGCCAUAAAAGUGAAAUCCUUAUUA